AUAAAGUGACAACACUUUGCUUAGUGGUCUUCUGACUAAUGGCAAACUUGCACUGCCAUUGGCCAGGCCGCUAUUCAUAAUCCGUAGAAGGGACGAUGCUUCGUGCUCCCUUACUCAAAGUUAAUAACCUGAAGCAAAAUUAACUCUGCGUUUAAUAUGUUAAAUGAUCAAAAUCGUUCCUCCGGAGCUGCUUGUCUUGCAUACUUUGGUCAGAAGUGAAAAUGGAAGGAACGCAGAGCUUAGGUGUGGAUGGCUCUCCUCAAGCGGAGGAGAGUGAGCAGGAGAGCGCUGGUGGCCCCGGGGGCCAAGGUCUCUCCCCCGGCCAGCGAGAGGUGCUGGAGCGCUGUCUGCACACCCUCACUCAUGCCAGGAAUGACAGCCACACACUGGCUGCUCUGCUCCUGAUCACACGCUUGUGUCCAGCAAACCAGAUGGACCAUGCGACCCUACGGCGAGUGUUUGAGGCGGUCGGGUUGGGCUUACCCGCCCGCUUACUGGUCACAGCCUUGAGGUCAAAUUCUGGGGCAGGAUUGCCCCCUGAGGAGCUGCUGUCUCUCGGCGCCGCCCUGCUGGCCGCCCUCAGCACUGACCCAGAUAUGGCAACUCACCCCCAGCUCCUCAGUACUGUCCCACUGUUGCUGGGACUGAUAGCCAAUGGGCUCAGCAGUGUACCUCGGGAUCAGGGCCCAGCCCAAACCACACAGGGAACUGCUGAAGGCCACCCAUCCCAGACUUUCCACGGAAACACUUCAGACCUCAGCAAAAAGAAUCCCAACCAAGUGCUGAAAGAUGAGAUCAAGUCAGGUGCAGACCAGUCAAAGCCUAGAGAGUCAGAGCAGCACCAUGUCUCUGAGGAACCCAUUAAGGCAGAAGGUGAGGAGUCCCGGAGCCCAGCCAGCGACCUCGAUGAGGCGGUGGCCAUUGACUGCUACCAGGUUCUGAGAGCCGUGUGUGGGUCAACCCAUGGCCCAGAGAAGCUGCUGGCACGGGGGGCUGUGCCAGCCCUCUGCUCUGCCGUGGCCCAGAAGCGGGUCCAGAGUCGGCAGAGAGGCCUGCCUCUGCUGGGCCACCUGCUCUCCGGCCCCAUCAAGCCCAAAGCAUGGAGCAAGCACCGGGCCGAGCUGUCCUCGCUGCUCGCCAGUCUCGCCGAUGAAUUCUCCCAGGCCUCGGACCAGAGGCGGCUGGAAAUGUGUGCCCUGAUGACACAGUUCCUUCCUCUGCCUGAAGGGGCGCCAGAGAGUGAGGGACUUAAAUCUGUUGGCUCCCAGUUAUGGGCUGGGCUUAGGCCCAUGAUUCAGUCGAAGGUUACACCAGCCCAGCUGGGAGAUAUUCUGGUACUGAGUGCCUGUCUGCUGGACUUGUUUGGCUGGGCACCGGUGGGCCCUCCCAAGUUGUGCUGCCUGCUUGUGAACCGAGCCUGCGUGGAGGUCCGCAUGGGUCUGGAGGUUCUGCCCAGCAUGGAGGUCUCCUUGGACCAGCAAAACAUACUCGGCGCCUGCUACCGCAUCAUGGAGGCUGCAAUGGAGCAGGCUUGCUGUCAGGAGGAGAGUGACGAGCCGUCUGAGCCACGCACCGCUAUUGCUGGGCUAAGCUUGCAGCAGAGCAAGCAGGUGCUGGGGGUCUUGGCAGAGGCCUUUUCAGCCAUCAUCUACUACCUGCAGCAGGUCGGCGCAGGCCGCCAUGGCGAUCCCUUCGUCUUCGCCACGUUCCGCUGCCUGUGCGCCUGGCUGGCCGAAGAGACGUCGUGUCUGAAAGACGACAUCCUGGCCCUCCUGCCCGUUCUGAUUGGCUACGUCAGGAGUCAGCGGGAGGCGGGCGGGCAGGCCGAAGGCUUGGCCAGCUGGAUGUCGGAGAUGUCCGUGGCUGACGGCCCCCAGGGCAGGGCAUGGACAGCAGAGGGCGCUCUGAGGUACCUGCUGCCAGCUCUGUGCCACCUGUCCGCUGAAGAGGCUCCGCGGCAGCUCCUGCUCUCCCAGGGUGUGCCCGCCCUCCUGACCGACUUCCUGCGCCGUGGCUGGGAAGCUUCGCGGGGUGCGGGCGGGAAGGCCGGGUCACGUGACCCUUCCAUGGAGACGGCCUGCUCCGCCCUGCUCAACUUCGUCGUCACCGAGCCCGACUACGUCAGGGAGGACGCAUGUUUCGCGUCCCUGCAGUCCUUCCUGAAUGACGCGUUUCCCGUCGCGCUGCACAAGCCUCAGCUCUUAGUGAUGGCAGCUAAUUUCUGCACCCUGGGCCUCAUGAUUGGCCGACUGACGCAAGCUCCUGCAGGUCCUGCAGGCAUGGGACAGCAUCGCUUCUUCUCUGCUGCCCUUGGCUUCCUCUUGGGGGCACUUAGUGGGCCAGACCCGGGCCCAGGUCAGCUGCGGGUGAGCGCUGCGUGGCAGGACUGGUGGCAUGAGGUAGGCCAGCUCUGGGCGCUGGCACUGCAGGCCUUUGGGGCCUGUGUGCGGGCACAGCCCGCGGUGGCACGCCUUGCCCGGGAUGGAGGCUGGCUGGCAGAAGUGCUCGGCUUGCUGGGCUCCUGCUCUGCGCUGCCAGACUCCCAGAUCCAGGGGGCGCUAGAGGAGGCCCUUGUCGCACUAGCGAGCCACUGUCCGCUGUGCAGAGCGGACAUCGCUUCCUGUAUGGAAAGGAGCAAAGGAGGAUCCAUAAUGAGCAUGGCGCGGCUUCAGAGGGUGCUGGCACACUGACCGACUCUUAAAGAGAAACACACCAACAGCAAGAUCCUGCACUGGCAUCAUGCUGACUGAGAUGUGGGCUUCUGGCCGUCACCAGAACUAAAUGAGCCACAGUGAAAAUAAAAUAUUUUUGUAUGAAUAAAGAUUUAUUUUACCUGA